CAUUUUGUUAGAAUUUCAAUAUAAAACUGCAGAAUUGGAUAAAAAGAAUUGUAGGUUCCUAGUCUAGUACAGACUUAUUGAAGACUGUUACAGAAAACUAGGAACUAGGCAGUGCUACAACAAUUUGAGAGGUGUACAAUUUGCAAUAUCUGGAAAAGAGGUGCUAGAGUACAAAUUGUAUAUAGACACAAAAAUUAUGUAAAAAGAGAUGAUUUAUUUUGGUAAAUGUGUGUAAAGAGUGCUGAUAAAUCGAUACGAAUGUAAUUAGUGUGAGUCAAGGUGUGAGUAUUUGUAUAGUUAGUGAUAUACAUUACAAAUCAAUAUAUUAUAUAGUUUGGGUGUAAAUUUUGGACAGUCCUCCUAACAUAAUACUACAUUGUAUAGUGCAGUGAGCUGUGUAUGGAUUUGGCGUAAAUCGGUGCCAUUGACAUAGUGUACAUGUAAAUCUAGUGGUAAUCAUUCACCAUGUGUAGAUUUAGAGUGGAUCUCUGACUGACUGCGGGUACUUGUGGACAAUGAGCAACGUAAGCCUAGGGGGUAAUACCGGGUCCAGUAUAAAUUUCGAUGCUGCAGCGUUACAGACACAACAAGAGGACGAAUAUAGAAAGGAGGAGGAGCAACAGCAGAAUGAGUUGCGUGCAUUACUGACGAAUGCAUUUGAUGACUUAAUCGACGAUGAUGAUAUACUUUCCAUUACCUCGGACGACGGUACAGACUCGCGGAAUGUCAGUCUGGUCCGUCGCCAUAGCAACGAUAGUCUCAGUAGAAUGGUACCGGAGGAAAACAAACUGGCAGAGCAACCUGAGGAAGAGGCCAACUGGAGAAAAUUUCCCCAGGGGGCGCCAGGUGCUGGCGCCCUAUUCAGACAGUUACCACAGUCUCGAUACGCUCAGAUGGAACCAUUGUCACGUACACAAGAACUGCCUCGAGGCCAGUUUGACCUAGUGCGGGCCAGUGUGGAAAGCCUGCCUAAUUUUCCUACAAAUCAAAAUGGACUAGACCAGGAUAUUAAUAGUAAUCCAAGUUUGCGAAGCAGUCGAGAUCAUCUUGAUAGUGAUUACCAUAGCAACGCAGAAGACAAUCAAAAUGCCGAUUUCCAUGGCAAUGUUUAUCCCAUACCAUUAGCUCAAGGUCAUCAUGGGGCCGCUCAAGGUCAUUGUUCGAAACCUGUUUUAACGGAAGAUCAUCAGGCACAUCAUCAUAGUAAUCAAGUUGAAAGAGACAACAUUCUGCGUCAAAGCAUCGAAGAUUUUUCCAAAUUUAAAGAGGCAUACCAGUCUCAGGAACAUUUGUUUACCCAUCAUGCACCAGUGGGUCAUGAUUCAAACAUUCAAGGUCAUCAACAUUAUCAUGCAGCAGAACAUCCGUACGAUCAAGGUCAUGGAGGUCAAGGCCAUUACUACCAUCAUGAUCAAGGUCAACCAGUUUAUCACCAUGGUUACGAGGGUCAUCAUCAUUUUCAGAACAUUUAUCAAGAUAGGCCUUAUCAUACCAUAGGGGAGCGUGAAGAAGCUGAAGGCGGAAACGCUCACCAGGGGGAGGACAUGCACUAUUAUCAGCAUGGCUACACUGGGGGUCAUAUUGAUCAUGGUUUUCAUGGUAACCAAAUGCUGCCCCAGGGUCAAGGUCAUGAGUAUAAUUUGCAGGCAACUAGUCAAGAUCAUGGUUUUCAUUCUCACAAUACCGAUAAAAAUGAACAUUAUAAAAAUCAGCAUUCGAAAUCUGUAAAUACCAGCGGGCAUUCAAGUUCCAGUAGUGGAAGAAAAUUACCCCAAGUGACUUACAGGUUCCAAAGUACCUCUAAUGAAGCUCAAGAUAAGCAAAGAGGAGAAAUGUCAAGAAAUAGAGAAAAAGAACCAAUUCCUCAGAAGGAAAAGACCGAGGCAUAUGUUGAUAACUACAAAGUGAGAUAUGAAAAAGAACACGAGAGAAAGAGAGAAGAAAUCAGCCAGAGGGAAAAAGAAGGGAAAAAAGCAGAGAAAAAUAUGGAUGCAGAAUUUAUGGGGCAAGCUGGAAAUGGGGAGAACCAACAACUGGCACAGCUUCAGAUAUUGUAUAAAGCACGAGGGAGGAAAAUAGAAGAGCUAACUAAUGAGAUAGAAGUUGUCAAAAGUGAAUCUGGGAGAGAACUGAGAAUUCUGAAACAUCAACUUUCCGUGGCAAAAGGGGAGAAAGAAGGUUCUUCGAAGAGUCUGGAUAACGUGCAGUCGUUGUACCAAGAGGCAAAGAACGAGAACGCUCAGUUGGUAGGCCGCGUACAUGCAUGCGAGUCGCAGAUCGAAGGUCUGAAGAAAGGCAAGGAAGAGUUGAUCAAGAAACUUCAGACAGCCGAGUCCACGAUAGAAACAUUACAUCAACAUUUAGAGGAGCUUGGGUCAUCGGACACGCUGACGAGGGCCCGUCACGAUCACGAGGCCGUUGUUGGAGGGCUGCAAAAGAAAUACGAGACUGAAAUUAAACAUUUGCAGGAAAAUAAUGAAAAACUGAAACAAACGAUUCAUGAAAAGAAUGACGAGAUUACCAUAUUAAAGCAGAAGUUAACGGACAGUAUCAAGGCAUCAGAAACUGCCCAGAUAUCUCGCGCAGAGACCAUCAACCGUUUAACCCAGAGUUUGGAAGAGAGUCAAAAACGAUGCAGAAACCUCCUGGAAGCAUCGUCCUCGCAGGAAAUGAGUCAAAUGAAAAUUCACUUACAGCAGGCCUUGGCGUCUCGAUCAAUCUCUGAUGAAAUGUGCUCUAGUCUACAGGACGAAAUUCAAGAUUUGAAGGAACAAGUUCAGAUGUUGGAAUCGGCAUCACAUCUCGGAGUUUCCUCUGUGGCCGGUCAGACACAAUCAGUCACUGCUACAUCAAACAAUUUUGUAGAUCAGAAUGAUUCUAUGGCAGAUCUUGGCAUACGUAAGACGCUGGAUUACGACACGCCACAAAGUUCGCCACCCAACUCUAGAUCACACAACACAGUGUCGUCAAACGAUAUUGUGGCAAGUCUGAAAAUAGAGCUUGAACGAUGUCUCGUGAGCAAUAAACAAAAACGUGCGGAGGUGUCCGAUCUGAAAGAAGAGAUGAGGAAGGUCAAGAAAGAUAUGAUGGAGUUUCGACAGCGUUGUGAACGGGCCGAGUUACUCACUCAGGAACAAAAGAGGAGAAUUGCUGAUCUUGAGUCAUGUAUGAGCCCUGGGGAUAAAUCAAACGCUGUUGAAAAUCGGCUGAAGAAAGAUGUUGAAAAUCUCAAGCGUGAGAAAAAGAUUCUGUUAGAAGAUACAGAGGAGUUGCAGAAAAGACUGGAGGAGAUAUCAAAGAGUGAGGAGAGACUGACGGAGUUAAAUCGUGAGCUUAGUAAACAGAUAUCUGACAUGGUAAAAGAGUAUGAUCAAGAUAAACGCGAAGCCGUGGAGAGGGCACACAGAGCGAGCGAACAGGUUGCCGAGACGUCAAAAAACAAACUCAAGGAAGAACUGACGUUAUUGUUUGAUGCCGAACGAUCAGAUAUCAUCACUAAGUACGAAUCUGAAUGUAAUAAACUCAGGGAGGAAUUAGUAUCUACACAAGAAGAGAUGGAUAAGGUGAAAGAAGAAUAUGUGAAGAUGUGUGAAGAGAAGGACAAAAUGAGAGGGGAUAUCCAUACAGAAUGGCAGGGAAAACUUGAAUCCUCCCUUCAACAGGUCAAAGAUUCAAUGAAGAAAGAGACAGAAUUAUCAGUAUUAAGGGCAGAAGAAAACUGGGCCAAACAAAAGGAAGUGGAGAUAAAGAACAUUAAAGAAGAAUUGACACGAGAAUUUAACGAGGAACAGAAUAAACUCAAAGAUAAUUUACAAGAAACUUGUGUUAAUGAACAGAAACUUGUGGUACAGAGAUUGGAGGCUGAACAUUCCGCUGAGAUGAAGGCAGCUAAGGAAAGGUUUGAGGCGGAGUUGAAGACAAUGAAGGACAUUUUGGAGAUGGAAAAGUCGAAUGAUCUAGAAAAAUUGGACAAAGAAAAAGUGAAUGAGAUUGAAAAAUUGAAGAAAGUGAUUAUUGACAAGGAGUUGUAUUUAAGUGAAAAAGAACAAGCAUUUAAGGAGAAAGAGAUUGUGUUAACAGAAAAGGACAAUGUUAUUGAAAGUUUGAAGUUAGAACAUAAGACAGAUAUGGAAAGUGUUCAAUCAGAGAUGAAGAAAUGUACGGACAGAAUAGAGGAAUUGGAAAAAGAACUAAAGGAAACUCGUGAAAAGAUUGGCGAGUUAGAAAAAGAACUUGGUGAUAAAUCUGCACAGCUUGAACAGUUAGUGUGUAGUUUAGAAGAAAAAGACAUCAUGGUGGAGAGCUUGAAAUCUGAAAUCGAGACUUUGAACACGGAAGUGAGAAUGCUUGAAAAGUCAAGACAAGAGAGUAGGGAUCAGUUAGAAAAGUUGCGAAAGGAAUAUGAAAAGAAAAUAGCAGAAAAGGAAGUGAAAAAGCAGGAAGCAGGGUCUAGUGUCGAAAACAUUCUUAAAGCAAAAACAGAUGAAGUUAACAGACUGAAGAAAGAGUUGGAAAAAAGAGAGUUGGAAAAAGAAUCGGAAAUAGAGAAAUGGAGAAGAGAAGAGCUGGAAAGAACUGAAGUUGAUAAUUUAAGGAAAGAAAUCGACAAGAAUAUUAAGAAAGACCGGCAAACUGAAGUAGAGAAUCUGAAGAAGGAAGUGAUUCAUUUGAAGUUGGAGAUCGAGCGGUUGGAUAAUAGCAAGCAAAUGGAGGUGGAUAAAGUGUGUAGACUGAAGCAAGCUGAAAUCGACAACAUCGAAAAGCGUAAAAAAAUAGAAUUAGAAAAACUGAAGAAAGAGAAACAAGUAGAAAUAGAAAGACUGUUAAAGGAGAAAGAAGAGGAGAUAAAGAAGAUAAAGAGUUCUCAGCAAGAACGAACAACUGAUGAAGUUGAUAUUACGGAAAAAGUACGAGAACGGUUAAAUAAAGAACUGGAAGAAGACAUGAGUAAAACCAUAGAAACAAAGGUCGCCAUGUCAAAGGUGGUCUGGCUAGAAGAACAUAGGGCAACCAGGCAAGCUGCUAUCGACAACGCAGUAAGGUUAGCGGAAACCGAACUCCGGCUCAAAAUGGAGGAUGAUUUGGAAUCUAAACUUGAAGCUAGGCUUGAAGAAGCCAAGAUUUUAUGGCAGAGUGACAGCAUGGCUCAACUUGAUGAAGAAAGGAAAAACUGGGACAUGAUAAAAGAUGAAGAAAUUGUUUCCCGGCUUGAACAAGAGAGAAAUAAAUGGCGACAAACAGAACUGCUUGCAGAGCUCGAGACUGAGAGGCAGAAAUGGAGUAAAGAAUUAGAACAGCGCCUGGAGGAGGAGAAAGACAGUUGGCGAGAGUUCGAACUGGAAACUGAAAAACUUAAAUGGGCGUCUGACUGGGAACGCAAACUUCUUGAGGAGAGAGAUGCCUGGGUGAAAAAUACACUAGAACCAGCCAAAAGAAAAUUGAAAAUGGAGGCUGAGGAAAGAUUGAGAUUAGAAAAGGAGAAUUGGCGCUGUAUGGAAUUAGAGACGGAGAAACUCAAGUUAAUGAGAGAGUAUGAAGAAAGAAUUGCCCAGGAAAAACAAACAUUCACCAAUAAAACUAUGCCAGAGGUCCUGGAGAGAGAGAAGAACAAAUGGAGAAAAGAAACAGAAGAUAGACUGAAGAAGGAGAAAGAUCAGUGGAGAAAUACAGAACUGACAAAAGAAAUUGACAGAGAAAAGGAGAAAUGGUUUGAGGAGGUUGAAGGCAAACUACGAGAGGAAAGAAAUAACUGGAAGAAUUCAGACUUACCAGAGGAGAUCGAGAAGGAGCGGAGAAAAUGGAUGAAGUUGAUGGAACAGACGUUGAUCAAGGAGAAAGAGAACUGGAAAAACCGAGAUCUGCCUUCGGAAAUACAAAGAGUUAAAGAGAGUCUUAAACAGAGUGCAGAAACAGAACUGGAAAGCAGACUGGUUCAAAAACUGGAAGUUGAAAAAGAAAAAUUACAAAAGGAGAGUGAAGCAAAGGUUUUAGAGGCCAUAGAAGAACACCAGGAUGCCUGUAAGCAAGAAUUAACAGCCACAGUAAACCUGGAAAAAGAGAGACUCAAACAAAAGUUUGAUACAGAGCUACAGGAAAGGUUUCAGGCAGAAAAGAAGAUAUGGAGGAGUAUGGUGGACCAAGAACUUAGCGAAAAGUUGGAAGUAGAGAAAGAGAAAUGGAAGAGGAAGGCCGAUAGUGAUCUGAAUAAAAAACUUGAAGCAGAAAAAGAAAGAUUACGGUCCUGGUUAAGGGCAGAUAAAGAAAAGAGGUUUGAAGAAGAGCGGAAAGUGCUAAGGGAAACAAUGGAAGAAGAGUUUGAUAACCAGAUGAAAGUCGAAUUGGAAAAAUUGAAAGAGAAGUUCGAGAAGGAGGCGAGGGAAGAUUUUGAACAUUUAAAGGCAAAGUUUGACAUGGAAAGGGAGCAAGAAUUUGAGAGACUGAAGUUACAGCUUGAAGAAGAGAGUCAGAUGAACUUGGAUAAAGAAAAAGAGCUGCUUCAGACAAAGAUGGAUCGGGAGUUGAGCAGGAGACUAGAGAACGAGCAGGAGAAAUGGAGGUCAGAAUUUGAGAAGGAAUUAGGAGAGAAACUUCAGACAGAAGAACAGAAAUGGAAACAGAUGAUUGAGAAUGAUAUUGAAGUCAGACUGAAGUCUGAAAAAGAAAUUUGGAACGCAGAAAAAGUGAAAGAAUUUGAAGAGAAAUUGACCCAUGAGAAAUGUCAAUUAGAAACUGAAUGGAACGAGAAGAAACAGAAAGAGAUGAAAGAUCUGAUUGAGAGGGUAGAGGAACGAAUGAGAUCCGAGUUGGACGAAGAGAUGGAUAAGGUUCGACUUGACGUAGAGCAGGAGUUCCAACUUAGAGUUGAACAAGAGGUAAAUCUAGCUGUAGAUGAGGCCAGGGACGACUGGAAUAGAGAAUAUAUGAUGAAAAUGUCCAUAAAUACAACUAGUGCAGAAGCUUCCCAGGGUCUUCUCAAAGAGGAGAUAGACAACCUGAAAUCACAGCUGAAGGGAAUACAGACUGAGCUGAUAGAGAAGGAAGCUUCCUGGAUGAAGGAAAAAGAGGACAUUUUACUGCAGAAAGACUUGGAGAGAAGACAAGCCCUUGACUUACUCCAGGAGCAGACUGAAAAUGAGUACAAACAGUUCCUGGAAGAGCACAAAGACAUGCUGGAUAAGGCUCUAAAAGCUGCAAGAGAACAGCAUAACAAAGACAAGGCCGAGUUAGAAGAACGAUAUACCACCCAGUUGAAAAUUUUCCAGGCUAGAGAGAAGUCUUUACAGGAACAGCUUCAACAGUCUAUGCAUGGAACUCAACAUCAGCAUGAUACCCUGGUCGACUUUGAGAAAGAACAGGUCAUGUGGUACGAUGAACGAGACCGACUUCUACAAGAAAUCUCCGAUCGUGACUCUCUGCUCGGCAAAGCCGAUGUGCAUCUGUCGAAGGAGGUGGACAAACUGCGAUCGGAACUACAGGCAGCCUAUCAGCGACGCUUAGAAGGUGAGAUGGGCUCGUACCGUCAGAAGCUGGAGGCGGAAUUUACGCGGGCGAAUAACUCGGAGCAGAAAGAGAAGCUACAGCUGGAGAAACAGUUGAGCGAGGUGAACACAGAGUUGAACAGACUGAAAGCUCAGCUGAAAGAAGAAAGAGGAAAACAUGCAGAAGAGGUAAAGAAGAUAACAAACAAACUGAAUGAGAUCGAGAAAAACCUAGAAGACAAAGAUCGUUUGGAGGGGGAACUAAAGAAGGCCAAGGAACUUCUCAAAGGCUUUAAAGAGGAGUUGACCGACCAGCAGGAAAAGUGCGGGAAAUAUAAGACCGAGCUCGAGGAUGUGACGGCCAAGUUGAAUAAGUCAUUACAGAAUCAAGACAAGCUUCAGACUGAGCUUAAAAAAUUCCACGAAGAGAAAUCUACGAACAUUGAGUCGGUUCAGUCGAUCGAGGCUUCGUACAGGAAGGACGUCAGCUUGUACAAGCAGAAACUUGAAGAAUCCAACAUCAGAAUAUCUAAGACUGAAAAACUCUUGCAAGAUAUGAAACACAAAUACAGGGCGGAGUUAGAGAGUUUGAGGAAGGCUUUAGAGGCGGAGAAUGAUGUGGCAAUGAACGCCAUGAAAAACAAGAUGAUCGAGCUUCAGAAGAAACAUGUAGCCAUUGUUGAAGAAAUGAGGCGUAAACAUUUACUGGAGAGGGAGGAGUUAAUGAAACAUGGUGGCCAAUCAGCUGUUGGAAGGGGCGUAACACCAACACCAAAUACGGGAGAAGUAGAGGAAAUAGAUCUGACUGUGAAAGAACUGAGGUCUCAAUACUUAGAUACAGUUGCCAAGAUCAAAGGAGAUGUAUUACGGCACAUCACACAGACCAAUGUUCGAGCUGCAGAGACGGUCAAACUUGAGAUGGACAAAGAAAGAAUGACCACCUUCCAACAGAUCAAGGAUUUCUACAGACAGAAUGUGAAACAAAUUCUAGAUACAGAAAUUGUUGGAGCAACACUGGAGAGUAAGUUACUAGCCGUGGAAGAGGCAUUGGAGAAUCUUUCCAGUAAUCCAAGCUCACGUUCUGCCACGCCGAAAUCUGACGAGUUCAUCUUGGAUGAACGCCAAAUGAAAUCUAGGUCAAGGUCUGCCUCGAGGGAUGCUGGGAUAUCACCGAAAGGUCAAAGGUCAGUGUCAUUCACGAGUGGCACCAAAGGUGAUAGGUCACGUACACCGGUGAACUCUACCAACGAUUUGUCAAUGUCGAGUCAGUUUGACGACCCGCGGAGUCCGAAAAGUAGACAUUUUACAAAAUCGCCACGAGAGCUGAAUAUAACUGUUCGUGGAGAUAGGAGCACUGAAGUGCCUGACUUGCGGUCUUCGUAUGAUUGGAAGUAUGAGGACAAUGAGUUUGACACGAGACGCUCAGAAAACAGACCAACAUCCGCUCGCACUACACGAGAAUUAAAGGAAAAUGACACAAGAGCACGCGACAAUCGUCCUCUUUCUGCUAAGUCCCCCAGAGAAUUACAUUUAUCCCUUAGACAUAAAGGUGUGGAGGCUGAUUAUGAAGAAGAACGAGGGCGGGAAAGAAAUAGAAGCGGAGAUAAAAGAAGGUCACGGACAUUAAUAUCUACAAGAGAUAUUCAUGCAGGGAGAUUUUCACGUACUGCGGAAGGUGGCGAUGUGACAGAUAAUUCUGGUUACUAUGGCGAUAAUCGUGCAAAGAGUGUUACCCCUAUGCAUAGUUCAAUGUCAAGGUCUUCACCUUCAUUGUACCGACCUGUUUCAGUCCCAGAUUUAAGUAGCGAGGACAAAGAGUUAAAAGUAUGGGCCGAAACUAACAAUGACUCUUACAGAUAUACACCUCUGCGUGAAACGUUAAGACAAGGGACAAAUUUACAUCGAAGUAAUAGCAAGUCAGAAUCCGAUCUAAGUAUUGCCGAGAAAAAUUUCGGCCCCUUGAAACCUGAAUAUGAUUCAAAUCUGGACCUUUCUACAGGAAGUUUGACCUCAGAUUCUUUAUUCACUCCACGAAAGCGGGACGCUGGCGAGACGCCAACAAGCACGCCACGUCGUCAUUCCCACAGAAAACAUUACACACUUCAUAGUUUUCCGACCAGGGACCAAAUAACAAGUGAUUUAAGAAAUCGGGAACAAAGUAGUGGUAAUGAAUAUCGCAAGCAGACGCAAAACAUUUCACGAAAUGACGAUGUCGGUGUAAAUUCCCCUGUGUCGUCUGCACGUACUUCGAAGAAAAAUCUUCCAUUAAUUCAGUUUCGGCAUGGAAAAAUGCAGAGCUUAGGGCGUGGACAAGUGACUAAUAGCAAAUCUCCCCAUCCGGAAGACGGUGUAAUUAUUCGAGACACGCCUCCAACGAGAGAUACUUCCGGUUCACCGGAGAAGCAUUAUAGGCCAUUAUCAGUGUCAACAAAUACUCACAUGGAUUUCUGAAGUGUUCUGUGUGUAGAAAAUAGAAAUAGAUGACACGUUUUAGAGUUACACGCAUAUUUAUAUUUCUGUAACUUUGGAUUUAAAAAUCGUUUCUUUCAAAGACUUGAUAAUGGCUAUGUUGUCACUCCCAUAUAUGGUUUUUCGGUAGAAGUCGUAGAUGGCACGGUUUAAAAUUACACAAAUACACAUGUAUAUUCCACUUAUCCAGAAAUUGUCCAACGCAAAAUGUGUUGAUGAUGAGAUAAAAAAAGGCAUAUGUGUUUACUCAUUUGUGUUUUGACUAAUACGCAACACAAUAUUUUUUAGCAUAAACUUGUUGUGCAUGUGUUAUAGCAAGAAAUUAAGCAGAAGGAGAUGAAAAGGACUUCAAGAAGGCAUUAUAAUUUGUAUUUCUAUAUAUCUGUAAAUAGGAAAUAACUUUAUUUCGCAUAGAAUUGUUAUAGAUAAUGGAGUGUGGGAAUCUGAAAUUAUUGUAGUUAUUUAUUUAGUAUUGUGUGAGAUUUGUUUGAACACUUAAAAAAGUUACGGCAAUGCUUAAAGUGACAUUAUGCUCAUUAUUUUUCUUUCUUUUUUUGCUGUCGAGUUGAGUUAAAUCAGUAAUAUUUAAAAUUUCAAAAGAUUGACUUUUAUAAGGAUGUUUGACCUUCAGUUGAUAAUGGAUAAUGUUCAUGAUACACUACAAGAACUACAUAAAUUAUAAAAAGACUGCCUGACUCGUCCUCUUUUUUUAGAGGCAAGCAUUAUCAGUUCAUUCUGAACAAUUUAAAUUUCCAUUAGUCUCAUAGACAUAAUUGAUUAUUUUAUCAUAGUGAAAUAUAAAGUUGAACACACAUUAAUGGCAAAUUGUCAAGGUAAUUUUUAUUUUUACCUGUUCACUGACUAUUAACACUUGGCUGGGUAUACUGUCACUUUAAUUAACAAGAACUGGAGUAGAAAAAUAAAAAAAAUGAACUUUCAGGCAGGAAAAAAAAUCUUUUUGUUGAUAAAUCAAAGAGUGAAAAGUAAUAUGGAAAUGUCUUUUUCUUUUGUUUUGCUGAAUUUUAUUUGUGAAUUAAUUGAUAAACAAGUUUGUAUGAAAAUGUACAAUUUAUAUAAUGUUAAAUUUUAGGCAAUUACAUUUUCUCUAAACUUUCUCACAUUGUUAGGUAACAUCGAUACAAAAUUUGCCAUUGGAUCCCAGUCAAGAAAUCUAAGUACCCAGCUAUUGGUCAGUUUCAAAUUUGAAUUUAAAUUUUGUGACCAAUCAGCUUCUGGUAUUUGAGACAAAGACUGGUUUACAAAUUCAAGUUAUUUUUUUUCCUCUCAUUUUUUUUCAAUGCACAAGAUCUGACUUUUAGGGUAUGGCAUUAAUCUAUUCAUCUUUUUGGGAUUUUUCUGGAGACUGCCAUGACAAAAUCAGGGGUUUUUUUUAUUUACCAGACUACUGCCUUUCAUAAUUUUUGUUGUUUUUUGUCUAAUAAUAACUAAAUUGAAUUUGAAUCUAAAUUGAAUGGGGGUAAGAUUUACUGUCAGGUUUCUUAUAUUAUUGUCCAUGGCUUAGUGGUUCUGGUCAUUGACUUCAAACAACUUGCUCUACAAUGUUGAAUGUUUCGAAUUUGCUAGCUUCUUUAAGAUUAUUUCAUGUGAGAAAGAUAUCCAGCUAACUUAGGGAGUGUCCAUAGUUUAACUCUGGUGCCCGUACAUGCCUGAAAUAGUAUACUUAGAAGCACCUGAGGUCUUCCUCCACCAGGUAAAGCUGGAAAGUCGCCAUAUCAUCUUUGCAGUGUUAUGCUGCAUAAAACCUUACAAAAAUAAAAAAUCUAGCAGUUACUAUGUUUUUUAAAAAAGAAGAAGUAUGAUUUUUUUAAAAAGAGGAUUUCUUUUCUUUUAUUACAGCAUAGCUGAAAUUCUAAGGAAAAUGAAGAAAGGAAAAACCUACAAGAAAACUGAUUGUCAUUCCUAAUAAAUAAUUAAUUUUGUCUAUUUUGGUUGUAGCUAUUUCUUUUCUUUUUUUUUUUCAUUGUAUUCCAAAUGCCAUGUUGGGCUGUCGGUGAAAUAUUGUUGGUUUUCAGAUAAGUAACUGACCCAGGAAGACUGCACAAACGUAAAUAUACAUGUAUAUUGAUUCUUUUUUUUUAAUUUUAAAAAUUUUAUGCAAAAUAAGCAUUUUCAUUUUGAAACUUUGAGAAAUUUAUCAAAUAUUGUACAAUGCUUAUGAAGGGCUUUUAUUUUAUGGAGAAAAAACAAAGUGAUUAGCUUAUUUUGAAAAGAAAAACUGAUGAGAUUUUGCAGUGUGUGAUAUUUUUGAUAUUUCACUGAUGAGAAAUAUAUGCCUUUCUAUUAAACAAGCCAUUGUAAUUAAAUAGGGAAUAGCAUUAGGUAGAAAGCAAUACAAUACUGUUUAAAAUGUCAAACAAAAAGAUGCUAUUUGGGUGUAAAAUGUAAAAUUAAACAUUGAUCAUUUUGAGAGAGAAAAAAGUAAAAAUCUAUGUGGAUUUUGUAACAAUAUUAAUUUAAAGUUGCAAGUUUUACUAUGUCGUAACAUGUGACAAACUAUGUUAUGAAUUUAUGUAAUGGUAGGCACCCAUGUGGCAUCUUUUUCCCUUGAUAUAGUCAAUAAUUUAUAAUACUGCAAAUAUUCUAAAAUUUUGUCAUUUUUUUGUUUGCAUACAAAAAAAUUAUACGUUCUGCUGUAAAUAUUAUG